GAGACUUGAUUGUUUUAUUGUUGGUGAUAUUUUCUCUUGUUUAAUAUACUAUAAUGGCUCCAAAGAAAGAUAAAGCUAAAAAAGAUGAAGAGCCCCAAAAAGGUGCGACAUUCACGGAAGUGGAGAAAACUUUUUUGGAACUACAAGUGGCUGAAUGUAAUAGGAAAAUUGCAAGACUUCGAUCAGCUGUUGACGAAUAUGAAGUACGUAAUGAGGAAUUACAAAAAGCUUAUGAUAAGUUAGAUGAGGAUAGGGCUGACAUCAUCGCAUAUUUAAAGAAGACUCUAAAUUUGAAAAAUGAAGAAAAUAACGAAUUGAAAGACAAAGUGAAAGGCCUUGAAGAAACAAGAGAAAUUGAAACAGCUCAGUUCAAAGAAACAGUGGCAGAGUUAGAAAGGAAUUUCACUAUUAUGAAAGAUCAGCUAACAUCUGAAAAUAAAUUACUCGCUGGUAAGCUAAACACUUUGGAAGAGUUCAGAGCUAUUCGAGAUGACUUGAUGAGGAAAUUUGAGAAACAAGAACAAGAAUUUAAGGACCAGGAAAUGAAAUACAAAAGGAUAAUUUAUGACGCCGAAAAGAAGUUUAUUAUAGGAAAAGAUAAAUUAAAGAAAGAAAUGGAAGCAAGACUCUUACAGUUAGCUCAAGAUUUCCAAGACGCUACUGAAUUGCGAAUUGCAGCCUCAACUCAUCGCGUAAUUAGAGAAAACAUAGCAAUCAAUAAUGAAUUGGAUAGUAUUUUAUCUACUCAAGCUAAAUUAGCUGAACAAAAUGAAAAAUAUAAAGAAAGUGAAAAAUCUGCCCGUGUCGCUAUGGAAUUAGCUGAAGAAGAAAGAGAUAAAGCGAUCAACAAAAAUGUUGUCCAAUUAAAAGUAAUAGAUCAACUGACGACAGCUUUCCAAGAAAUAAAAAAGGAAAAAGCAUUAUACGAAAAACGCAAUUUUGAUUUAGAAACAUUACAAGGCAAAAUUCAGAUACUUACAAAAGAAAACGACGAUUUGUCUUUACAAGUUAGGAUAUUAGAACAAAAUUUGCACGCUCGAAUGAGUGAUCAGAACAAAUCUGCUGUAGAAGCUUCAAAAACUGCAAAGGAAGGUAUAAAACUGAAGAAGAUAUUGAAAGAAGCAGCGUCGGCCAUAAACGCUGCCUUGAAAUUAGAUAAAUGGGCAUCGACAGAUCCCACGCGAAAUGUCAUGGACCGCCAAGUUUUGCUAUCCAGCUUACUAGACAUCGUAACCCAGUUUCGUGAAGUUGAAAGGGCUGAUUCAACGGACACUUUAGCAUCAGUGACUAAGGUAUAUGAAGAAGGUGAUCUAGGCUUUAUACCGAAAGCAGCUUCAAAAAAGUCAGCAAUAUCUCAAGUAGCUUCAUCUUUUUCAAAAGAUUCUUUGAAAUUAGAAAAGAAAAGUUCUUCGUUUUUGUCACUGUCGUCUUCAUCUCUUGGAAGCAUUAAAACUAUACCAAGUAUGAAAUUAGUAGAACCUACGUCCGAACCACAGAUUGCUGCGAAAGAGAGUGUAGCGUCUUUUGUAACGUCCACUAAGUCAACUGAAAGUAUGACUUCAGUAGAAGAAGAAGAGGAAACUGAAGCUACAGAUAUAGAGAAAAAAUUGGCUGCGAGUAAGUUAGAAAUACAGAAGUCUAUAAUGAAAGAUUUAGCAUAUUCACAACUGGCAUUGCAAUCGCAAGCUAAGUUUGCCGAAGACCGCGAGAAACGGACUUCCAAGUCUGUUGUUAUUUUGGAGACUAUUGAAGAUGAUGAUACUCUUACCAGAGAGGGAGCACAUUCACAGGAGGAGACACAUGAUACUGAUGAAGAAAUUAUAGACAUUGCAGAGACGGAGCCCAAAGCAGAGGAAGCGUCCACAGAAGUAGAAAGUGUAAAUAAAGAUACAGAGUGAUUGUGUAUAUUUGAUACAUUCAAACUAUUUAUUUAGAAUUAAA